CUUUUACAAGGGUGUGUAGUACACCCACAAAGCGUUCACCUCUAAGAACCUCAAUAUGCAUUAUUAAUACACUACCAAACUAGACCGAUAACGCUUUCGUUGACAAUCACCUCGAUCAGUGAUGGCAGGGCUGGAGGCAGUACGCCGACUGACAGUAUACCAACAGUCAUAACAUUGGAGUAUGGCUAGGCUAAUAGCUCACGAUAAGAUAGUAUGCGGUCUGUGUCAUUAGCCUUCGACGAAGCACGUCCAGGCAGGCUCCCGCUUUUUCUGUUUAGUCGCCAAGUUUCUGAUUACCCAGUAUAGAACUUCUCUGAUUGGUCGAGGCGCACUUAUAGCAAACAAACGACGGAAUAAUGUGAUCCGGUUUUCCUGUGGUCAGGAGUUGUUUCCGUAGGAGCGGUUCGUUUUGAGUCUGGGUGAGAUCGGCGCGGGAGUCAGCAUGCGUUUGAAGAGCUCCGAGUAUUCCGCAUGGCGGAGAGAGAAAUUGAACAUGGUUGCACACGACGAUGAUGACGGCUCCAAGGCGUGCAACAAUUGUGGAGAUACGUGUCCAGGAUUCAGCGCUCAUUACUGGAGGAAAAUUUGCCGAAACUGCAAAUGCCCAAGAGAAGACCACAACAUCAUCAGUGACGACGCUAGAGCAGGGAGGAAUAUCUACAUGGCGGAUGUCCACCGUGCUUCGAGUCUUGCUUCUGAUGAUGAUAGUGGUUGUGCACUGGAUGAGUAUGCAUGGGUGCCCCCAGGGCUUGGGCCAGAGCAGGUCCAUUCCUACAUGAAUGCCCUCCCAGAAGAAAAAGUUCCAUAUGUGGACAGUAUUGGGGAGCGCUACAGGAAUAGACAGAUAAUCCUGCAGCUCCCACCCCAUGAUAAUGAGGCCAGGUUCUGCAAUGGAUUGAGCGAAGAGGAGAAAAGAGAGCUGUGCUUCUUUGUGGCUCUGAGGAAAAGGGAUUCUUUAGGGAGGGGAGUGGUGAAGCAAGUACCUGAAAUGUCUGAAGGAUAUUCCUGUAAAGAGUGUGGUGAAUGUGUGACAGCAGGAUCCAUGGCUGUGUAUGCCUCGCGUGCAGGUCAACACACCUGCUGGCAUGCAAGCUGCUUCAUCUGUACGACAUGCAAAGAGCUGUUAGUCGAUCUCAUAUACUUUUACAAGGAUUCAAAAGUUUACUGUGGUCGGCAUCAUGCAGAAACUCUCAAGCCCAGAUGCGCAGCCUGUGAUGAGAUCAUAUUUGCUGAGCAGUGUACAGAGGCUGAAGACAGUUGCUGGCAUGUACAGCACUUCUGUUGCUUCGAGUGCGAUUGCCCCUUGGGAGGGAUGCGUUAUGUUAUGAGGGAUAAUAAACCGUAUUGCUGUCAUUGCUUUGAGAGCUUGUAUGCUGAGUUCUGUGACUCAUGCGGAGAGCCCAUAGAACCGGAUGCGAGUCAAAUGGCACACAAUGGACAACACUGGCAUGCUACGAACGAGUGCUUUAGCUGUUGUACUUGUGGUAAAGCUCUGUUGGGACUACCGUUUUUACCAAAGAGUGGAGAAAUCUACUGUUCCCCUGACUGUAGUAAUGGAAUCCCACCAAUGACAUUUGAGCAAGCACCUAAUCGCCCUCUACCACGGAGACUACAAAAACCUAGCAUUCCAGAAUCCUAUACAUCUGGGCUGGACACAAUGGAUUCUGACAAACACACUUCAAAUGUGGGUUCUGAGAAAUUUAGGUCGUAUGAAAGCAAUGCAUCUGACUUCAAGCAUCAUCAGGAUAGUCCCUUUACCAGACCUUCCCAAAAGAAUGUAAUUUCCACUCUGGAAACUCAGGACCGGUUAUCAGGGACUAUGUUUGGGAUUAUUGAGACACCAAGUUACGGCUCUGAUGGAUUUGAUAGCGUGAGUGUGCAGGACGGGAAUUGUGAACAGCAGUAUUUUACCAAGAAUGAAGAAGGGCAUAGUUCAGGUGUGGCAUCGUCUGACAAUGGCUCUAGAACACAGGACGAUCACGCAAUCAAACCGUACAAGGUUAUUGCGUACCCAAAUACUGGAAACACCGAGUUUGUCAAAGCUAUUCCAAUAGAGGAUGGUGAGAGUCAUGACAGUAAUUAUGGUACUAUUGAGAGUAGAGACAGUAAUUAUGGGACUGAAUCUUCCUCUGUAAAUGAGGAUCUACAGCGUCCGAGCAGCCAGUGUUCAUCCUCAAACAACAGCAAAUGUGCUGGAUUAUUGAAACCACAGGAGAACAGUAAACAAAGGUCAAAACCAAAGCAUAACUACAUAAUGUCAGACGUGGAGUAUGAGGAUUAUGGCAGCAGUUGCAGUAGCAGAACUCAGACAUACCGUCAGAAUCUACUGCAGCAACCAAUUUCUAGAUCAUUAGAGUGUUUACCAUUGCGGCCAGUUGUUGAUCAGCCUUUCUUGCGGAAUCACAGGCUCACUGCUUCUGGUACUCAUAUCAACGGGGGGAGAAUUCCAAGGGAUGGCAGGCAUUCAAAGGCUGCACACCAGAGAUCAAGAUCAACAGGAAAUAACAGGGACAAUAAGAGUAAGGAAAAUAACAUUAAGAAACCAGUGCAGCUACCAUGGGAGGAUCCAUUUGCAAACCCAGUUGAUAAAACACGGCAGGUUAAACCUGUACGCAGACCACGUAUAGCCUAUGUAGAUGUUAUUGACUGUAAACCAAAACUGCCAAGCAAAACAACUCCUUCAAAGAAACAAGGAAAGAACAAGAACUGCAGAGUACAGUAGAGUACAAUAACUUAAGUUACAUGUAUUGGAGAGUAUCAAUGGAGGGAACCUUAACAGAACUAAAUCAUGAAGCUUUUGCUGCUCUUUAGGAAGUACUUUUCUGAAAGCUUUAUUUUUUUAAACAUUUUAGUCUUCUCCAUUGUAUGAAGAAACUUGAAAUGACAAACAAGUUGUAAAAGAAUCACAGUAUUUGAAAAACAGGUACUCAAUGAAAGGUCCUUGAGUAGUGGCUAUUUUUUUUGUUCUUGCUAGAAGCAUUCAUGUGCACGUGCAAAAUGUUCUCAAGUUGAAAUUGGACAAAGUUUAGAUGCUUAUAAAUAGCUAUUCUGCAUAAGCUUUCUUGGACUAAAUUAAAUGUUUUAUUAAUUGAUGGUGAUAUUAUUAGUGUUUUAUAUGUUUGGUGUCCUAUAUAUACCAACAAAUGCAAUAUAGCAUAUUUAAAUGAGAAUAAACUUUUUUUUAUUGCAA